UGAUCACGUGAUCAGGCUGAAACCCGCUCUGCGCGUGACUCCAGUCAUAUGUAGAACCAAAUUCAUCACAAUACUUGCGCGUUCUGCCGUUCAAUAACGCCGCUUCAAACCUCCAGCAACGGGAUACACAUCCCAGGGAAUUAACCGCACAGAUUCGAGGGUAAACUAUGAGAGAUAACAAGGGAAAGUACGAAGUUUGCGACGAGUUUCGCAGAGAGGGUCUCGGCGAGCAAGCGGAGGAAGUGAGCCCUCUCAGUCAGGGCCCGAAAGAAAGACAAUGGGCUGUGUGGAUGGCUACAUUUAUAGCAGCUUUGGGGCCAUUGAGCUUUGGGUAUUGCAUGGGUUACUCUUCUGCAGCAACGACACAACUAGAAAACAAGAACGCUACGGAUUUGUAUUUAAAUGCUGAUGAGAUUACAUGGUUUGGGUCGCUGUUGAAUAUAGGCGCUAUGUUGGGCGGCCCCAUUCAAGGUUUUCUCAUCGAUCUCAUCGGCCGGAAGUUCGCUCUCAUUUUGACGUCAGUUCCGUUCUGCUCAGGCUGGCUUUUGAUUGGUUUUGGAAAAAACGCCGCCAUGUUGAAUGCAGGUCGCUUUAUGUCUGGUCUUGGUGUCGGAAUGGCGUCCCUCAAUGUCCCUGUGUACAUUUCCGAGACCGCGUCAUUUUCCAACCGUGGAGCCAUGGGCUCCAUAAACCAGUUGGGCAUAACCGCUGGCAUCUUGAUUUCAUACGCUAUCGGAUACGCCUUUGAUUGGCGCUGGUCAGCGGUUGCGGGAUCCUUCCCAGCAGCCUUGUUGGUCGUGCUGAUGGCGUUCAUGCCGGAGACGGCGCGGUGGCUCAUAGCGAAAAAGAAGGAAACGCGCGCGAGAAAGACACUGCUGUGGUUACGUGGGCCUGAUUAUGACAUUGACAAGGAGCUUUGUGAGAUCAAAGCGAGUAUUGACACGCAAAACCAGCGGUUUUCCUUAAAAGAGUUCAAGAACCCAAGCCUCCUCCGACCGUUCCUCAUCAGCAUGAGCCUGCACUUUUUUCAGCAGUUCAGCGGUAUCAACGCUUUUAUGUUCUACUGCGCUACAAUCUUUCAAAAGGCGGGAUUCAAGGAUCCCACAGGCGUCCCAAUCCUAAUAGGUGCCGUCCAAUUCGUUGCGUCCGCGAUCUCCCUAGCACUCAUCGACCGUGGCGGUCGGCGGUUUCUCCUCAUCGUCGCAGGCGUAGGAAUGAGCAUUAGUUGUUUCACCUGCGCAGUUUACUUCUUUAUAACCGUUAAUUUCGGGAUGACCGAGGUCGACAUAGCGUGGUUAUCCGUCACUAGUGUAGCUGUGUAUAUUGUAGGGUUCGCUCUCGGGUGGGGGCCAUGCACUUGGCUGAUUAUGAGCGAGAUUUUCCCUGUUCGCGCGCGUGGAACCGCUACGGGAAUCGCGACGUUUUUCAACUGGUUUUGCUCGUUUGUGGUGACGAAAACAUUUAGCGCUCUUAUAGAUGGUCUCACUGAGGCUGGUACGUUCUGUUUCUUUGGUGCGUUCGUGUUUGCGUCCGUUUUAUUCGUUUAUUUCUUUGUGCCGGAAACAAAGGGGAAAACUUUGGAGGAGAUUCAGACAGAGUUUGAGACAAGAGGGACACGUAAGGCUGUCAAAGAAACGAAUGUUUAAAGGGGACAAAUCACCCUUCAUAUCAUACAUUGUUUGGGGGCUACUUUAAAUGUGACGCGAGCUACCGUGGCCACCAAGAAAAAAUUGUAAGAAAUAAAGCAAAUUAAAAUGCGAGAAUUCCAUUUCGUUUCCUCACUGAUCGGCUAAUCUCGUGUCAGUCAGUAUGUUUCUCGCACUCUCGCAAGAUGGCCACGGUAGCGCGCGUCGAAUCAGAUAGCACUUUCUCUCAUCCGUAGAGUUGUUUUCAAAAUCCAGUGCAACAAAAUGUAGUUGUUAAAAUGUAAUAGUCAAGCCAGAACAAAAGAGAACAACGACA